GAAAACAAAAGAAAAGAAAGAUUUGCCGGUUCAACUUCUGCCUUGUGAAUUUCCAGUGCGCUGUGUAAAGUAAGACGCUCAGUGUCUCAAGCAAUUUUCAAAGUUACACAGUAGGAGUAAGCCAAAAUGGAAAUCGUUAUUACGGUCUUCGUUUUACUGGUCACUGUGAAUACCAUUCAGAGUGAAACGAUUCCAAGUAACAGCCAAGAAUACCCAGACGGAUUCUGGUUUGGAGUUCAGUCGUUGAAUUGCGUCUUGGACUUAAAGACCAAACGCUCCGUGGUGAAGCCGGACCCCGAGUUCCGUGUUCCCAUACGGUAUGCACACCGCUUGCUCUACUACCGAGGCCUAGUCUUCGAGUGGGGGGUCAGUGAAGACGGGCACUCGCAUGGCACGUCUCCUGCGUCUCCGGACUGCGCCGUUCGGUGGGAGGCUAAGCCGUCAGGAAGGAGCAACUGUAGCAGUGACGUCGCCAAAGACUUCGCAGCAUCCUACAAGUCGAAAUUCGGAGACUAUCACUUGAUUACCAACAAUUGCCAUUUAUUUGCCACUCGCCUAGCGCGACUGUUGCGAAGCGCUGAUUGUAAAUCUCACGAGACUGCGUUCAGUAGGUUGGUAAACCGCUGGCUGCAGGGGCUGUGGACUGCGGUAGAGGAGUGGGUGACCCCGAGCGAAGACGGACAUGCACCAGUUUUCACCAAUAACCGCCCGGGCAUGCGAAAUGACGAGAAAAUAUACGUUGUAGAGUAAAAGACAUUGGGAAAAGAUACAUUUGUCAUGAUGAUAGGAUUUAAUUUCACGGGGUUAAAUUUAUUAUUGAAGAUGUCAAAAUUUGUAAACAUUAUUAAAUUUGAAGUCAAUACGUAAUGACCAAGUGAGAGAACAGUAAAUAUUUUGAUUGUUCAGAGAACAGAGAUGGUUUUACGGCUGACCAACACAUGUAUGUGACAAAUGAGAAAUAAACAUGAGUGAAAACGAUAUAAAACUGUUUAAUGUAUUAACAAUAAAAAUAAUAAACUAGUUUACAGCUGUAUCAUGCUUGUCACAUUUGCAGGCCAUUGGCUGUCUGUCUGUCCGUCUGUCUGUUUACAUUUAUCUUAGAGAGCAUUCAGAACAAGUUGAUCCGCGGACUAAA